AUGACAUCGCAGGACGAUGAAAUAAAGAAAUGUAUAAAUGUCUCUUUGACCAGGCACAACUUUUAUAGGAAAAAACACCAAGUACCGCCAUUACAAAUCAGCGAUAAGCUUAACGCCAUUAGUCAAGAGUGGGCCAACCAUUUGGCCAAGGAAGACAAAUGUUAUCACAGACCCAACAGCUCAUAUGGCGAAAAUAUAUUCUGUUAUUUUAAUUCAGAAGGCAGCGAUACUUUACAAGACCUCAGUCAAACAGCGGUUGAUAGUUGGUACGAUGAAAUAAAAUAUUUUAAGUUUGACUGGAAAGAAAAAGAUAUGGGCGAUGCUAACAAAUCUCAUCAUUUCACUCAGACAAUUUGGAAAGCCAGUAAAGAAUUAGGAACAGGAGCAGCUAAGAGUGAAAAAGGAGUUGUGUAUUUUGUGUGCAAUUAUAACCCAGCAGGAAAUGUUUUAGGACAGUUUGCAGAGAAUAUCAACAAUUCAUCUGAAAAAUAA